AUGGAGUCUUACCAAAACCAAUCGGGAGCGCAGCAGACUGGCCAGCAGCUUGACCAAUACGGAAAUCCAGUCCCAAUCGGCACCGGAGUCUAUGGAGCUACUGCUCCGGUCAUGGCUAGUCAUCAAAAGGAAGGCGGUGGUUUGACCGGCAUGCUUCACCGUUCUGGAAGUAGAUCUAGCUCUAGCUCUAGUUCGGAGGACGAUGGACUAGGUGGUAGGAGGAAGAAGAAGGGAAUAACGGCCAAAAUUAAGGAGAAGCUGCCAGGUCAUCACCAGGGUACCACAACCACCACGACGGCUUAUGAUACCACCGGCACUGGCGUCGUUCACCAUCAGAAGAAAGGCAUGUUGGAGAAGAUCAAGGACAAGCUUCCUGGUGCUCAUCAUCAUUAG